CCUUUCGAUAAGGCAGUGAGCAGGCGGUUUCUGAAGCUGCUCGGAUCGCAUAUCAAUACCCUGUGAAGGCUUCCGAAUUGUCUGUCCCUGAUUAAUCCGUGUAAAUAUUCCGGCGCGAGAGAAUUCCCGCUGUAAAAUAAAUCCUUAUCGUCACCGAGGAAAUAUGAAAGAAAAGUAAUAGACGCGCUGAAAUAACUGGAUAAUUUUAUAUAUGUAUAUAAAACAGCGAUGUUUUGACAACAAAUUGACAAUCCAUCAUCUCCUAAGUCCGAAAACCCGACACUUCUCAGCGAAUAUUUAUGAAUGCGAUUACAAGACCGGAACUGAGGCAAAAUACGUUUGAGUGAUAAACGCAGAACCGAGUGAGUCUGUCAGCGUUUCAUUCUGCAAUCAAAUUUUAAUUUGAAAGCAUGUACCUCCUAACACUGGCUCUCAUAUUAUCCGGAGGAGGGUCGCUCACCGGUGUCCAGCCGGCUACUGGUGACAAAAUCCAUUUAGGAGCCAUUUUCAACAAAGAGGCACACGACAUCAUCGCGGCAUUCCAUCAUGCACUGGAGGAAUACAACAAAAAUGCGACCUCUCGACGCUUCGAGUUGCGAGCCUAUGUCGACAUAAUCAGCACAGCCGAUGCUUUCAAGAUUUCCAGACUCAUUUGCAAUCAGUUCUCGAGGCCCGUGUAUGCAAUGGUGGGCUCUGUGCAGCCGGACAGCUUCGAUACCCUCCACUCUUAUGCCAAUACCUUCCAGAUGCCAUUCAUUACACCUUGGUUCCCGGAAAAUGUGCCCAACCCAUCAUCUGGUCUAAUGGAUUACGCCACGAGCAUGCGGCCUCAGUACCACCAAGCGAUUAUCGACCUUAUUCGCUACUACCGUUGGGAUCAUAUCAUCUACCUUUACGACUCCCACGACGGUCUUCUCCGGCUGCAGGAGCUGUACCAGUCUUUACGCCCAGAGCGAGAAGCCUUUGAUAUCAGAGUGGUGCAAAGAGUAGCGUCCGCUAAGGAAGCGUUGGAUUUUCUCAGCAAUCUCGAAAAUACAAACAGAUGGUCGCACAAGUACGUGGUUCUUGAUUGCAGCACUCAGAUGGCGAAGGAACUCAUCAUUGGGCACGUCCGUGACGUUCAUAUGGGUCGACGGAACUACCAUUACCUCCUCUCCGGUUUGGUAAUGGAUGAACGCUGGGAAGAGGAAGUUAAGGAGUUUGGUGCCGUUAAUAUAACCGGAUUUCGCAUCGUGGACACUUCCAGGGCCUACGUGAAGUCUUUCCUGAAUAAAUGGUCACAGCUGGAUCCAAAUAUCAUCCAUGGGGCUGGUAAAAACUAUAUAUCAGCGCAGUCGGCUCUGAUUUACGACGCCGUUCGGGUGGUGACGGAGGCGCUAUCAAAGCUGCUGCGGAAGAUGAACGAUGGCUUCCACGAAUCGCCUGGUCUCACGCCGCCCCAAAAGAUGAGCUGCGACCCCAACCUUAGCGACCAGCCGAUUUGGGAACACGGGGAGAAGAUCACACGCUUUAUGCGCAAGGUGGUCGUGGAGGGACUCACGGGUAACAUAAGCUUCACCGACAAGGGCAAAAGAAAAGACUACUCCUUAGAUGUCGUGGAAAUGACUUUUAACAGCGAGACCGUCAAGAUUGGAUCUUGGAGUGACACUUAUGGUUUCGAAUCUGUACCUGUGAAAUACACGAGACUUGCAUCGAAUAGAAUACCGCCGAAUAAGUCCUACAUCAUCACUACAAUUUUGGAGAAACCUUUUCUCAUGGAGAAGGAAGAUAUCCACUACACUGGCAAUGAGCGAUAUGAAGGAUAUGUCAAGGACCUCGCUGAUCUCAUUGCCAGAUACCUCAAUAUCAAUUAUACCCUUCGGCUUGUCAAGGAUAACAAAUAUGGAAGGAUUGAUCUCACCAAGGACGGUGGAUGGAAUGGCAUGGUUGGGGAGCUGGUGAGGAAGGAAGCAGACAUAGCCAUCGCCCCCUUGACGAUCACGUCGAGCCGUGAGAGAGUAAUCGACUUCUCGAAGCCCUUCAUGACAAUGGGAAUCUCAAUCAUGAUCAAGAAGCCCAUGAAGCAGAAGCCGGGGGUUUUCAGCUUCAUGGCUCCUCUGUCGGAGGAGAUCUGGAUGUGCGUCGUCUGCGCCUACGUCGGCGUCUCCAUCGUUCUAUUCCUCGUCAGUAGGUUCAGUCCCUACGAGUGGAAGAUUCGAGAGACCUACAAUAAAACAACGCUGAGGAACGAUUUUACGAUGUGUAAUAGCUUAUGGUUUACUCUAGCUGCGUUUAUGCAACAAGGUGUUGACUUAUGCCCAAGGUCGUUCUCCGGAAGGAUUGCCGGCGGUGUUUGGUGGUUCUUCACGCUUAUCCUCGUCUCCUCUUACACGGCCAACUUGGCUGCUUUCCUCACGGUCGAGAGAAUGGUAACUCCCAUCAAGUCCACUGACGAACUAGCCAGGCAGACGCAGGUCGAGUAUGGUACUCUGGCUGGGGGAUCCUCCAUGGAGUUCUUCAAGAGAUCGAAAAUAAGCGUCUACAGCCGUAUGUGGGAAUUCAUGAGCGCCCGACCUCACGUCUUCGUGUCCUCUUACGAGGAAGGCAUUCAGCGCGUGAGGGAAUCGAACGGCAAGUACGCCCUCCUCCUGGAGAGCGGCAAAAACGACUACAUCAACGAGCAGCUUCCUUGCGACACCAUGAAAAUAGGUCAAGAUCUGAACUCGAAUGGAUACGGCGUUGCCACUCCCAUGGGAUCUCCAUUACGAGAGAGGCUAAACCUGGCAAUCUUGAGCUUGAAGGAAAAUGGUGAUUUAGCGAGAAUAAAGAACAAAUGGUGGUUUGAAAAGACUCAGUGUGAAAGGGACGGCCAGGAAUUCGAGUCGAGCGCACUAACGCUCAACAACAUGGCUGGCAUCUUUUACAUAAUGACAGGAGGAUUAGCCGUUUCGUUGAUGGUGGCUCUUCUCGAGUUCUGCUACAAGUCGAAAGUAGAUGCGAACAGAGCUAAGUUGAGCCUUUCGGCUGCAAUGAAAGCAAAAGCGAAACAGUCCAUUACUGGAGAUAGGGAGCUAGACAAUGGGAAGUUCUAUUCGCCCGCCACCCAGAUUUUGGACGGUGACCUUAUACACUCCAACACGCAAACGCAAGUCUGACGUCGGCCACAUUGGGCCAAAGGCCAAAACAAGCCUCAGCUGCAUCUGUUACACACAUCUAUCCCAGCUAAUUCCAACAGCAGUCUUCAGCAGUCCUUCUACACGCAAACAUUCAGAACGGCUUUCGUCACCGAAAAUCAGCGCCGAGCUUCCAAAGCCUCUCUAGGCAGUAACCUGGAGACCACGAAAGUGCUAGCGAAAGACCCUUCCACCUCUCAGGUUCAGAUCAACAAUAUGUUCACAUCCCUGAGUAGUGAUUCUCAAAGCUUGCUCAUCAUUUCCCCUCCGCUAAAUUCCUCGCAAGGUUCCAUUAGUCAGUCUCAAGGGUCGGGUGUGGUAAGCGGUGUUCAGACUUCUAAAUCUAGCAUGCUGUCAGUCAACACCCAAAGCACCAAAACCCCGGCAACUGAGAACCAGUCAGCUGCGACAACUCCUGCCUCUCCUGAGUGUGCGGACUUUCCGUUUUAACUCGAGUGUGUUUAUGUUCGUGUUGAAAGUGCAUGUCGUGCUGCAGCUUUUGCGUAGGUUCAGGAACAAUCAUGUUUUGUAAUAGUGCAUAAUUAUUCUAGCUGGCUGAUAUUCUAAGCCGUGUCAUGGCGCUGAUUAUAACGUAGGUAAUUUCAGAGCCUGACAUGAACAUUUUUACGAUGAUAUUCUCAUUAGCAAGCUGAAUGCUACCAAGUUUUGAUAAUUAUAGAAGAAUGACUGCAGUGUUACAGUCCUACACGCCAUUAAGGGAAAUGAACCCGUAUUUUGCUAUGUAUUAAAAACAAUAAGUGAAGACAUUUUCUAUGCUAAAUUCAGAGUUAUAACUUGGAAAAUAAUAUACCUAAGGUCUCUUCCUCAUACCAAGAAGUUUUUUCCACUUAAUUUUCUUUUACACCAGAAAUUCCUAGUGAAAUAGAAAUCCGUGAUUUGAAUGGUGCUUUAUUUUUGUACCUGUGUUCGAAAAUAACUAGAUUUAAUUCAUUUGAGUAAGUGAAUUCGUUCCUCUAACCAUACCGAAAAUGGAAAACAAAACAAAAUGAAAAGUGUCCGUCUUACAUUUAUAUAUUUAAAUUGAAAAGGAGAUUUUUGACACAUUAAAGAUUUAGAUGUUUUAUUUAUAUUGCACGUAUAAAAUGCUCUAUAUCUCAUGGAAAACAUUUCACUAAAAUACUCUCGAAAUUACGUCAGGGAAAACCGAACAACAGAGAUAAACACAAAACUCUAUGCGAUAUUUACAAAAUGACGCUUUAUGAAAUAUGAAGAAAAUGAGAGACCACUUCAUCGCAGAAUAGCGGUGACAGUCAUUUUUAGAUAAAUAGCUUGUCCAAAUGUCUUUAAAAACUCUUAUAUACAAAUACACUUUAAGUGCGUACAUACAUACAUACAUACAUACAUAUAUACAUACACACAUACAUACAUUCAUGCUUACAUACAUGCAUA